GACUUGGCCUCGAUGUUUCCUUCGACCAAUCAGAAGCCGCGAUUGCUCACCUCUCAUCCGGGUCGAGUGGAAUUUAAAUCUCAAACGUAAACUUGUCAGGCAUUCGGGCUUUUUUAAGUCAUUAUUCGCGGUCUUGUGUGACUUCUAGAAGUCAUGAUGGAGCAGGAAGAUAAGGAAAAUGUGUCUGCUCGGUUGGGCCGUUUGGGUCUUGGAUCGCAGAAGUCCCAUACAAACUCCACUUAUGGAAGUAAGAAUGAUAAUGGUACAAGAACAGAUAUGAGUAAACAACCAUUAACAACCAAGAGCAGCAACCCCUUGAGACCUCUACUUGGUUAUCGUCCUGCCUUCCAGCCUCGCAAACCGCUUGGUGAUGACACAAACCAACAGAGAAACAAAGAAAAUACUCUGUCUGGGAGAGGUUUUACUGCUCCUCAACCAAGGCCUACAUGUCAACCUAGCAGACACAUCACCCAGUCAGUUCAUGCACCACAGCCAAGACCUGUAAUUCAUUCAAAACCUGCCACCACUCAUUCUGGAAUGAAGACUACAAGUCCAGCAGUUGAUUCAAAGUCUAGAGUCCCUCAAGGAAAUGCAAAAACAGCAUCAUCACAGCCCUCGGUAUUGAAAAGAGUGGUGCCUGAAGCUAGGAAGCCUCUUGAACGUUAUAGACCAGUUUUAAAGCCAUCAGGAUCUGAACAACCAAAGAGUGCAGGUACUAAGGUAAAUCAGUCUUCUGACAAAAGCAAAAGUCAGCACCCAUGUUCAUCUGCAGCACCAAAGUCUGUCAUAUCUAGUCUGUCCACUUCAAGCCAAAGCAAAGAAAAUGUAUCAAAUAUUAAGAAUGAUGUUGAUAUCAGUACUACACAGAAUCCACUAGAGAAAUCAAAUUCUAAUGCAGAAGAGAAGAAAGAUGAAGUUAAUCCAGCUAACUGCAAGGAAACACGGCAGUGUUCGUCUGAAGUGUCUGAGGCUUGUGGUGAAAGUACUCAGAAUCAUGAGGUUGAAAAACAAAGUUCAUCUUCAUCACCUAUUCAAAAUGGAAAGGUUGAAAACAAGUUUGAUCAAGCUGCCAGCAUUAGUAAAUUUCCACACAGUGACAAUGUAAAAGUGACAGUUGAAGGACAGUCUAAGCCAGAAAAAGUUGAAAGUAAACCUGAAGUUACCCAUCAGUCAGGUGUUGAGUCUGUAAGUGGAGAAGCAUCAGAGGAAGAAUUAAAGCAAAGUUCAAUUGAUGAUGAUCAAGAAGCAGAUGACGGAAGUGAAGCUACAGAUGAAGCCUAUGAUGCCAAAAAGGAUGCUUUUGCUCUUGCUGACAAAGAAAGGCCUAAUUCAGG